ACGUAUAAUCUCUUACACACCACCACAUAUUAAUCUUCUCCGUAUCUCUUUUUUUCUUUUUGUCUAUUGGCCUGUCAUGGCUGAUCUAAAUCCACUCCUUCCCGUUUCACAACCUCAAGAUGCCGGCUACACUUCUCUCCCGGAUGGCAUUAACGCCGAGACAUCUUCGGCAGUCCAUCGUCGGAUUUCCAAAAAACUUCUCUCCGUCGUUCUUUCUGGGUUGUUUUUUGUUUUAUUGUUUGUGGCUUUAAUUGAUAACAAUAAUCGAUCCGAGAAAAACAUUCUUUCCCAAGAAAACGAAAAUGUAGGUUCUUUAGGUACGUCGCAAGAUACAGCCAAACCGGAGAUUUUGAGGCCCGUCUCUCGCGGCGUCUCCGCCGGAGUUUCUCAAAAGGCUAACCUGAUAUCUAGUCACUCAGAAUCGCCAGACUAUCCAUGGAACAAUAGCAUGUUAUCAUGGCAAAGAACUGCUUUCCAUUUCCAACCUGAGAAGAAUUGGAUGAAUGAUCCUAAUGGUCCAUUAUUUUACAAGGGCUGGUACCAUUUCUUCUACCAGUACAAUCCAGAUGCAGCCGUUUGGGGUAACAUAGUUUGGGGUCAUGCAGUGUCAAAAGAUUUAAUCCAUUGGCUUCACCUCCCAUUAGCAAUGGUUGCAGACCAAUGGUAUGACAUCAAUGGUGUUUGGACUGGCUCUGCCACAAUUCUGCCAGAUGGUAAAAUUGUAAUGCUAUACACUGGGUCCACCAAUGAAUCUGUUCAAGUCCAGAAUCUUGCAUAUCCAGCAGACCAUAACGAUCCUCUCCUCAUUGAGUGGGUUAAAUACUCCAGCAACCCUGUUCUAGUCCCUCCUCCAGGAAUUGGUAUAAAGGAUUUCCGGGAUCCGACAACUGCUUGGUAUACUUCUGAAGGGAAAUGGAGGAUUACUAUAGGGUCUAAAGUUGGUAAAACUGGAAUAGCUUUAAUUUAUGAUACUGUUGAUUUUAUAAAUUAUGAGUUGCGUAAUCAGGUUCUUCAUGGUGUCCCUGGAACUGGUAUGUGGGAAUGCGUAGACUUUUAUCCUGUGUCGAUUUAUGACCGAAAUGGAUUGGAAACCUCAGCUAAUGGUCCUGAAGUGAAACAUGUUGUCAAGGCAAGUCUUGAUGAUGAUAGACAUGAUUAUUAUGCCCUUGGAACUUAUGAUGACAAGAAUGCUACUUGGUAUCCUGAUAUUCCAGAAAUUGAUGUUGGUAUUGGUCUUAGAUAUGAUUAUGGUAUAUUCUAUGCUUCCAAGACAUUUUAUGAUCAGCACAGAGGGAGAAGAGUGUUGUGGGGUUGGAUUGGUGAGUCUGAUAGUGAAGCUGCUGAUGUUAAGAAAGGAUGGGCUUCUCUUCAGGGUAUUCCGAGGACAGUUGCUUUUGACACAAAGAGUGGCAGCAAUUUGCUUCAGUGGCCAGUCGAAGAAGUAGAGAAUUUGAGAUUAAGAAGCAAAGAAUUCAAGAACGUAGAGGUCAAGCCAGGGUCAGUUGUGCCUCUAGAUCUUGAAGCAGCUACACAGCUUGAUAUCUUCGCUGAGUUUGAGAUAGACAAGAAUGUUUUGGAGAACAUAGCAGAAACCGAUGAAGAAUUUAGCUGCAGCACUAGCAAUGGAGCUGCUCACCACAGUGCAUUAGGACCUUUUGGUCUCCUGGUUCUCGCAGACGAGAGUCUUGCAGAGCAAACUCCUGUUUACUUUUAUGUUACGAAAGGAUUUAAUGGCACUCUCAAAACAUUCUUCUGCACAGACCAAACAAGAUCCUCUGUUGCAAAUGAUGUUAAUAAACAAAUCUAUGGGAACUUUGUUCCAGUUCUAGAAGGAGAAAAAUUCACUCUAAGGACAUUGGUGGAUCAUUCGAUAAUCGAAAGCUUUGCUCAAGGGGGCAGAACAUGCAUCACCUCCAGGGUUUAUCCAACAAGGGCAAUUUAUGGAGCUGCAAAGCUGUUCCUAUUCAAUAAUGCUAUUGAGACAAAUGUUACUGCUUCACUCAAGAUAUGGCAAAUGAAUUCUGCGUUCAUUCGCCCUUAUCCGAAUAUCCGGUAGACUAUGAAACUUAACUUUCUAAGUCUACCUCAUUGAUUUGCUGCAAUUUGUACAAUUCUUCUCAUUGAUUUCCUGCAACUUGUAUAAUAUCUUCUUAUUUUGCUCGGUUUAUUUUUCAAUUUUGAUUCAUUUUGUUAGAGGUAAUAGAGAUAGAUCUUAGUAGAAGAAUGUGUAAACAUGUUUGCCCAUGCAAAGCCAUAUAUAUAUAUUGAUCAUUGGGGAUUGGUUCCGAAUAUUAA